AUGUCCUGUGUAAAAGCCGAAUGUUUUGAGGCAAACUGGGUAUCUACAACUGGGCCGUCUGUAGUUUCACAGAUGAACAGCAGGCGGAAAGAAGAAGCCAUAAAAAACCGGAGUAUGCUUAGCUCUAUGGUUGACGCCAUUAAGUUUUGCGGGCGGCAAUCAAUUUCAUUGCGCGGGAAAGUGGACCAUGGCCCUUUAACAACGCCGAAUGAUUUUGAAGCAGGGCACAAUGAAGGUAACUUCCGUGCUCUGCUGAGAUACAGCAUUCAAUCUGGCAAUGGAAUUUUGUUGGACCAUGUCCGUAACUGCCCUCGUAAUGCUGCUUACAUGAGCAGCACCAUACAGAAUGAGAUCAUUGCAACGUGUGGUGAAAUAAUUCGUUCGAGUUUGGUCAAGAAAAUCAACUCCUCGGGUUUCUUUUCGAUUCUUGCCGACGAAACCACCGAUGUUUCAUGCCAUGAACAGUUUUCUCUGUGUGCUCGCUACGUCGAUGAAUCGGGGACUGGGGAAUUGGUCGUGAGAGAAGAUUUUCUCGGGUAUGUUGCAGUUGAAGAUUUGACGGGUUCUUCUUUAGCCGAGGUUAUACUCCACACAUUACAACGGUAUAAUAUCGAUUGUGCAAAGUUAAGAGGACAGGGUUAUGACGGUGCCAGUAACAUGGCAGGAAAGUUUUCUGGAGUCCAAACCAAAAUAAGAGAACUGCACCCGCUAGCAGCUUACACGCAUUGCUCAUCCCACGUGCUUAAUCUGGUGUUGGGAAAAUCAACUCAACUUCGUCCGAUACGACGAGCUGUACGUCAGCUGUCAAACGUCAUAAAUUUUUUUAAUUCAAGUCCCAAACGUCAGUUGUACCUUGGUCGAGCAAUUGAAGCUUUUGUUCCGCAAUCUCGACGGUCAAAAUUGCGUACUCUCUGUGAAACACGUUGGGUUGAACGACACGAUGCUGUCAUUUUGUUUGUCGAGAUGCUGUCUCCAGUUGUACACGCUCUUGGGGAAUUGGAAACAUGUGGCGUAACAGGUCUACAAGAUAAAGCAGAGGAAUUUCGAUUUUCAAUUCGAAACAUUGAAUUUUUAGUGUCACUAAAAACAUUGGAAUCCGUACUUGCGGUUACCCUGAGCUUGUCGAGAAGCCUUCAAACCGAAAACUGCGACAUUGUGGGAUGUUUUCAAAUGGUCAGUGAUGUUUCUGGUGUGUUUGAAAGCAUGGUCACGAACUCCGUCAAUGAAUUUCAUACGUUGUAUGAAUGUUGCUUAAGCUUGGCCGCCAACCUCG